UACUACAAAACACAAGGAACACAUCACGUCAUUGGUGGCAUCGUUUCACCCACACAUGAUUCAUAUCAGAAGGAAGGACUCGUUGCUGGUACACAUCGAUUGCCAUGUUGAAAUUAGCAUUGCAAUCCUCAACAUGGAUAAAAACUGGGAAAUAACGCAAACGGAAUGCUCACGCACAAUCUCGGUUCUGCAGUACCACCAAAAUUAUAUGAAUAACUACAUCAACUCACUAGAAAGUGAUAUAAACGGUACUCUACCUGGUUGGAUGCCUCCCGGUUUGCGUGAGCGGCAGGAUGGUGUGCAAUUGAAAUUGCUGUGUGGAGCUGAUUUACUUGAAUCAUUUGCAGUGCCAGGGCUAUGGGCAGAUAAGGAUAUUGAAGAUAUUGUUGUUAAUCAUGGUUUAGUGGUUAUCUCACGCUAUGGCUCUAAUCCUGAAAAAUUCGUAUUCGAGCUAGAUAUGUUGAAGAAAUAUCAGGAACAUAUCACGUUAAUAACGAAUUGUGUACCAAACGAAAUUAGUUCAACGUUGAUACGACGUCUUAUAUCGCAAGAACAGUCUGUGAAAUACUUGAUCGAUGACAGGGUCAUUGACUAUAUUCAAAGGCAAGAACUAUUUAAUUGUAAAACAUGAUUAUUUAUCAAAUUCAGCUGUCCACGCGAAGGCAGAUAUUUUUAGGGACUGCCGGAAGUGACGUCGUAAUGGCCGAGUUUUAAAUAUUUUCCGUUGAAAAUU